AUGGCAACCGCAAUUAUGAGAAAUGAACAGAUGGAUUCAGAAGCCGAGUUUCAGGAAAUUUCUCAACUUGAAGGCAACAAUACUCCAGUUAUUGAUUUAAGUAUUCCUACUCCUCCUAAAAAGCAUAAAAGAGCAGCACCUUCUGAAAAUGAUUUUGGCCUUGGGAGGGAAACAUCAGACAUUUGGAAAUACUUUUCUAAAUUUUUUGAUAAAGAUGAUCAUAAGGGUGAAAUAAUUGCAAAGGGUAUUGAGGUUUGUUUGUUAGAUUGGGGAAUUGAAAAUCUAUUCACUGUGACCCUAGAUAAUGCAACUGCUAAUGAUGUAGCAAUUAGACACUUGAAAGGGAGGAUUGAUGAUUGGAAAGGAAUCGUCUUGGGAAAUGACUUUCUACAUGUUAGAUGUAAUGCUCACAUUUUGAAUUUAAUUGUAAAAGAAGGAUUAAGUGAUCAUAUUGAGUCUAUUUCUCGGAUCAGAAAUUCUGAGAAGUAUGUUAAGUCCUCUUCUGGAAGAUUAGCUUCCUUUAAAUCAAUUGUUGAAAAGGUAAAGAUUGAUAGCCAUGGCCUUUUGAGUUUAGAUGUUGAAACCAGCUGGAACUCAACUUAUAUGAUGUUAAGUAUAGCUAUAAAAUUUGAGAAGGCCUUUUCAAGAAUGUUUAUUGAUGAUCACAAGUACCAAAAGUAUUGUCUAGAUAUGAUUGGAAAAGCAGCGCACCCAAGUGGGGAUGAUUGGAAGAAUGUAAAGGUUUUUACAAAGUUUCUUGACAUUUUCUACCAGAUUACUUUGAAAUUUUCAGGAACUUUAUAUGUUACUUCAAAUUCUUUCUUCCAUGAGCUUUUUUAUCUUCUUAACUUUAUUGUCAAAAAUUCUCAAAGUGAUGAUCAAGUUCUGAUUGAUAUGGUUGUUAAGAUGAAACUCAAUACUAGUGGGAGGAUUCUUGAUUCAUAUCGAAGUUCUUUAUCGCCAAAGACAGUAGAAGCUCUAAUUUGCACUCAACAAUGGCUCAGGUCAACUCCCAAAGAAUGCAACAUUAAAGAUAAUUUAGAAGAAAUCCAAAAACUUGAAAUAGUUGAAAAAGAAUAUCCCGACAAUGUUUUGAGCAUUGAUUAG